UGCGCUUACCCACAAAUCGGAAGCCACGCCUCUGCACAGGUGAAGGGACUCGUUGCCACUCUUCUACAACUGAACGAGAGGAAGCGACCGGACACUAAAGAGCUACUCACAUGCCCCUUGAUACUGCCUAUAACGCUCACGAUGCACCUGGACAUUGGUCGGCUGUCAUUCCCUCAAAAUGAUAAACGUAAACCGAAUGUAAGCGGCGGACGGUUACGCACCACGCCAACGUCGCUGACGUUACGUGCCGGACAUCAACCGACGAAACUUCAAGAGGACACCAGAAGAACAUUGCUGAGAUGA